ACAACGGCCAACGUCGGCGCCGCACCAACUGCAGAGGCUGCUACUGUCACUGCCAUGGAUACGGAUCCCCCUACGGCACCGCCUGUUGACCCGGCCAUUCGAUGGGCUUCCCAACUGGCUCUUUUCGCUGAGAUGGGCAUCACUGACACAGCUAACGUGAUCCAAGUGCUUGAAGCCACCAACGGGGAUAUUGACUUAGCUCUUCAGCUCCUCUUUCAAUGA